AUGGCCUUGACGAAACCACCAUUUGCAGGGAAAGUCAUUGCGAUCACAGGAGGCGCAUCUGGAAUCGGCUUCGCGUUGGCUGAAUAUCUCGCAGCAAGAGGCGCCACGAUCUCAAUCUGCGAUGUGGCUCCAGCGCAGCUCGAGAAAGCUGCUGCAUCGCUGAGCAGUUUGUUUCCAAACCUGAAGCUACAAACUGCCGCAGUCGAUGUCCGCAACGAUCAACAAGUGUCUCAGUGGAUCGAGUCGGUCUGUAGCACGUUUGGAAAACUCGACGGCUGCGCAAACAUGGCCGGCAUCGCGGGUCGAGGAAUAGGAAAGACAAGGCUGGUGGACAUGGACAAUGCCGAGUGGGAGUCUGUGGUUGGGAUUAAUCUCACGGGCACAUUCAAGUGUCUCAGAGCCCAAUUGAAGCACGUGUCGAACGGUGGCAGCAUAGUCAACGCCGCGAGUGUUGCGGGCGUGGUGGGCAUGGCUGGCUGCUCGGCUUACUGUGCUUCUAAACACGGGGUCGUCGGCUUGACUCGCACCGCUGCAAAAGAAGGCGCAGAUCAGGCCAUCCGAGUCAACUGCAUAUGUCCAGGUCCCAUCAACACUCCGCUGCUACAGACGGCGGCAGAGACACAAGACCAGGAUGCAUUCUCUAUCCCACUGAAACGCAAAGGGUCCGCCGAAGAGGUCGCUGCGUUGAUUGCAUUUUUACUCGGAGACGACAGUCGUUAUAUCACGGGGGCUGUCUACAGUAUCGAUGGCGGCUGGACGUCAUGA